AUGGGGCGUGUGUUGUUCUUCUGCGAACUCUCAUUCUUCAUCAACUUCUUUCCUUUCCAGCUUCUCCUCCUCUUCUAUCCAUCUAUGGUAGCAUUACCAAACGCUCUUUCCGACGCUGAGACUAAUACUGUAGAAUUUUGUCGUAACUUGUUGACAGCGUCUCACAACAAACCGUGUCAUAGUUCAGCUGAACUUCUUCGGAAAGUCAUGGCGCUCAGCUGUAUUCAAGAGAGUGUCGUGAGACAGCUAGCAUCCGCUCUCCAAGCAGUUGGCUCUGUUGCCGUGCAAGCUGGAGAAGGGACCUCAUCAUCCAGUAGCAAUUCGCCUUUGUCAAUUUACGAAGAGUUUCUAUAUCCAUUAUUAGGAGUUUGUUCGUCGAUGACCUCCACCUCUUCCACAUUUAUGCCAGCAGAAGAGCCGGAACCAGGACUUUCAACGUCCAACGACACUCCGGUUUUCUUCAAUUCCCUAACUUCGGUUCUCAACAACCUCCAUAAAACAGGAGUUGAUCCAAUCGUGGCUGAAAGCAUUGCAGUGGAUCGUAUCGCUUCGCCAUGUGCUAAUCCGAAAAGCUUGACGCAUAAAUGUCUUCGUAAUGGAAUUCAGGUUCUUCCGGUGGACGAACCCACGAGCAACUUCAUGAAACAUAUUCUUAGAAAGCUUCAUAACUACGAGAAAUUCGUAGAUGGUGCUCCAUACGAUUUCGAUGCCAAGUCCGUACUUCGCUACUCGGAAUACCUUCAUUCUCAAAUUCCAUCCCUUGAAACAAUCAGUCCUCCCCAUCUGGCCCAUGAGAUGUCAAUCACUAUCGCUGCAAUGGCAAGAUGCAUGGCAAUGCAUGAACAAAACUUCGAGCUACAAAUUAUCUACCCGACGACCUCCCAUCUGCUCGAAGAGCCUCUCUUCUACUCGGCCAUCUUCUGGUCAUAUCGUGAAGCAUUCAAAUCUUACUACUACCAGCAGAUGCCUGCACCAUUACCGUCCCCAUUCCAGAUGACGGCCGAAGAACGGCAUAUCCUCUGCCGCUACUGGAACGCUGGUAACCGUCAUGUCAGUGCUAAAGAAUGCAUUCUUCUGGCAAAAGCCUUGCCAAGACUGCAGCCGUUUCAAAUUUACGGCUUUUUCGACAAACGGCGCAGACGCGAGUACAACAGAUAUCGCGGUCUCAAAGACGAAGAAACCUUGGCUUUAGAAACUAUCCAAGUCUGGAAAAAGCUGAAGUCGAUUAAGCAGAACAGUGAUGAAGACGACAGUGAUAAUGAAGACGAGGCGCUCAUUGCGAGAGAUCUUACAAAACACGACAGAGACAAACUGGAUUUACUCUGGAAAGCAGGUCAUCGCAAGCCAAGCCGUAACGAGUGUGAGCUGAUUGCUGCUGAGGCGGGAAUAAGUUCCGGAGAGCAGAUCUAUGCUUAUUUCGAAGACAAGCGUUGGCGUGAAGAGUAUGACAACCGCAAACAACAACGGGCCAGCACUUCUAGGACGUGA